UCCUCCCCACUCCCACCACCACCAGCUUCGACUUGGAGGCGCAAGCGCGGCGAUAUCCGAUAAACCCCACCACUCCGCCGCAAAGCACCCACCCCGUUCAUGGCCCUCACCACCGCGGCCACGGCCGCAGCCGUCUCCCUCCACCCUCUCCUCACCCGGCCCGCUUGCGUCCUCCGCUUCGGCCGCCACCUCCCUCCCCACCUCCUCCGCGCCACCUCCUCCAUCUCCAGCGCCCCGGACUUCAACAUCACCUUCGCGGAGCCCGCCCCGGCAAAGAAGGCCUCGUCCCCCGCCCCGUCCGCGCAGCCGCUGGUCCCGUGGAUCGUCCGCGGGGAGGACGGGAAGCCCCGCCUCAGCACCUCGCCGCCGCCGGAGGUGCUACAGGCCAUCGCGCUCGCGGAGGCGGAGGCCAAGAAGGCGGCUAAGAAGGAAAGUCUCAAGGGCCAGAAGGGUGCGGUUGCCGCUGCCGCCGCUGCAGCUGCUUCCAGUGCCGGCGUCAAGGCCAAGGAAAGGAAGGCCGCCCCGGCCGCGCCGCCCAAGUUCUCAAAGGCGGCCAGGAGGUUCUACAAUGAGAAUAUCAAGGAGAGCGAGCCGCAGCGGCUCGCUAAGGUCCUUGCCGCUGCAGGAGUGGCCUCAAGAAGGACGAGUGAGGAGCUCAUCUUCCAAGGGAAAGUGACUGUCAAUGGUGCAGUCUGCACUUCUCCUCAGACCAAAGUUGACAUCUCGAAGGAUUCUAUCUACGUUAAUGGGAACCGCAUUUCCAAGAAGCUGCCCCCAAAGCUGUAUUUUGCUGUGAACAAGCCAAAAGGGUAUAUCUGCUCAUGUGGCGAAGAAUCAAAGUCUGUUGUCUCCUUAUUUAGUGACUAUUUGAAGGGUUGGAACAAGAUCCAACCAGGGCUGCCAAAACCACGCUUAUUUACUGUGGGUCGUCUUGAUGUUGCCACAUCUGGUUUGAUAAUAGUCACAAAUGAUGGAGAGUUUGCUCAGAAACUUGCGCAUCCUUCUUCAAAUGUAACAAAGGAAUAUGUAGUAACUAUUGAUGGUGCUGUGCACAAGAAACACCUCAUAGCUAUCAGUGAAGGCACAAAAAUUGAUGGGGUCAUGUGCGUACCUGAUUUAGUAGAGCCAUUGGCUGAAUCAGAUACAAGAAAGACCCGUCUUAAGAUAGUGGUCCAUGAAGGACGAAAUCAUGAAGUUCGUGAACUUGUACAGAAUGCAGGGCUAAAGGUUUACGCAUUGAAACGUGUUCGGAUAGGCAGGUUCCGGCUUCCAGCAGAUCUGGGAAUUGGGAAGUUUGUUGAGCUCAAACAGGCUGAUAUCAAGGCACUAGAAGGCAACAACUAGAUAUGACAGGCUGAUAUUAAGGCAGAAUGCACCAACUAGUGAUGACAUCCGUGUUCCUUCACUGAUGAUUUUUGAACUAAUGUGGAUAAGUACAUCUCCGUCAAAGGAUGGCAGCAAUCCUUCUGACGGUCAUAAUUCAGGAGCUGCUACUCCACUCGGAAAACCUAUGAAUCUCCUGGGUGUCAAUUGGUGGUGGUGGUGGCUGAUGAGCAAGUUCAACAAACAUAUUUUUGCCUGGAAGAACCUGUGAACUGCUUUGCUGUAGAACUUCCAGAUCCUAAAAUACAGCAGAACCUCCAAUUCAAGCAGCUUUGGUGAAGGACACAACAUUGUCAACUAGCAGAACUCGUGAAAGCAUGUACUCUGUAUAUCGGUGUAAAUCUGCAUGCUCUUAUGCGAGCACAUGAACCGUUUUUCCAACGGUUAAACAGUAACUGAUGGCUGACGAGUAUACUUGGCCAAAUUGCAUUGUAGCUCGUUUACUGAGCACUGAAUUAAGAAAAGUCGUUUGCUGAGCAGGAAAUUAUUCUCGUAAUAA